AUGGCCACUGAGCCCUCCACCGACAACUCAGCUGAUGUGUUUGCCUCGACUGAACUGCAAUCUGCGCCCGACUCCCAACAUGGCGAAUUAGUCCCCCCAGCUGUAAACGGCGGCUCCCCACUCCCCGAAGACAUCGCAAACAAGCGCAUCUUGAGUGUCGAGGACCAGAUCAAUUCUGCCGACGUCAGUGUGAGUGGGGGGUCAGAUACCGAGGCGUCGCGCGCAAAGGAUGGCGACAAAGGACAGAGCCGCGCUGGGUCCUCAGCAAAGAAGCCAGCGACAUUCAAGGCCGUUUCUGUCAACAAGACUUUUUUAGCUUCCAAGGCGAAUCCCAGCGUCGCAACCAAGACAAACGACAAGCCAGCUGCGGGCUCGAGUACCCCGCCGACCGGCUCCGCUACCUUGUCUAUAUCACGACCACGUCUAGUUGCAAAGUCUGGUAGCGGUACUGGUGCCUCAUCUCCGCGGUUCUCAUCACUGGCGAAUGGCGGCAAGCCUGCUGCUGCACCCGAUCCGAAUGCUGUUUGGAAUAAGAAUAGGCCUGCUCCUCCCCCGGAGCCAAAGAAGUUUACAGACGAAGAGCUCAAGAAGUAUGGAAUUCAUAUGGCUAGUCGCCUGAACGAAGAAGAUACCCAAGGGCAAAAUAAGUGGGCAGAUAUCGAUGACGAUGACGAUGACUGGGCACCCGAAGCCAUCACCUGGGGAGAUGGCACCAAGACAACUCUUCCUCACCCUGACGAGACGGCGGCUCGAGCAGCAGAUCCUACGCCAGAUGUGAGCAAAAGCGUCGCCGAAGACAAGCCAUCUUCUCCGGCACCACCAGGUACAACCAGCACACCAGUGCCAAAAUCAGGUGGCCUUCCGUCAGGGAAAGGGUUGGUUCUCAAGAGCGCUGCCCAGGAGAAGCCAGUUCUCGUAGCCAAACCUCCAGCACCUCCUGCGCCUGCUAAAUCGCCAUGGGCUACCUUGCCGCCUGUUGCAAAAACAUCUCCUGGAGCUAUAGAGGCUGCAUAUCCACCUCGGGGGGCUCUAAGAGAGUCGUCUUUCGCCAGCCACAUGGGCCCUCCACCACCCCGAGAUAUGGCAGUAGAUGAUUAUUCUCGCUCGACUUGGAGAGACAGAUCCUCUUAUGGAAACAAGGAGCUCUUCAACUCUCGGUCCGGACGAUAUGAGCCAGUUACCGAUCGACGACCGUCAAUGCGAUCUGAUUCUCAGACUAGGUAUCCUGCCUUGUUACAGCGUGCACCUCCACAAGACCACCCAGCCGAGCCUUCUGCCGCGUUUCAAACUAGUCGUACCGCCCAGGAUGUGCCCUUUGGACGCCGUCGCGGCUCUUCCAAUGUUAGCGGUGGUAGUGGAUCAUAUUUGCAGCGGUUGAACAAGGGAAACGAUGGCUCUAUACCACCGCCACCCGAAUUUCUCAGUGCUCGGAGAGGUUCCCUAGCAGGUUCCGUCCUAGAGAGUCCAGUCUCUCCUGUGGCAGCGUCUGUGAUGAGCCAGGGACCGUCGAGACACCAGCCAUUGCCCUCUCCUGGAACAACUUAUGCCGCUCCUCAUCAUGGACCCCCACAUGUUGAGCAUAAUGCACCACCUCCCUCCCACCAGCUUGAAGAUGACCUUGAAUUACAGAAGAAACUGAUGCGUGAAGGCAUUGAAUCAGCUAGGAAACGGAGGCAGGAGGAAGAGGCUCGGGAGGAGGCCGCACGCCGAGAGCGUAUACAAAAGAAACUGGAAGCGAUGGGACCUCCCCCUGAAAAGAAGAGCGAGGCGAAAGAGGCACCCAAGGAUCACGCAGCGAAACCAACGCCGAGCCAGCAACCGGCUCCGAGUGAGCAAAGAGAUACGCCCACAGCAAAAGCAAGGUCAGAUCAAGCAGAUUCGGGUAAGGAUAACGCAGCCGCCGUACAGCAUAUUGAGAAGCCCGGGUUCAGCCAUAAAGAAGUUUCAUCACCAGCACACAUCGCCCCGCCGCCUGGGCCGACAGCUAGGCGACUAUCUCACAGUCAAGACUCGGUACCUGCCAGCAACUGGGGCAACCGGCCAGACCGAUUCUCGUCAUGGGUUGCUGGCACGCCACGGAAUGUGUGGAGCUCCUCAGACAACGACAGCGGACUUGGGAAUGGCACGUUCAAUCCUCACCUUGGACGUGCAUCCGGCGCGCCCGCCCAGCCGACUUCAACGAAUAAUGCCCCUGCCCCCAUAGCCCCUCCAACUUCAGUCCAAUCUUCUCACAACCGAAAUCAAGUACCCGCGCCUAUUGGUUCGCGUGCUACAAGAUAUGGAAAUCUAGGAACAGAGCUUGCCAGUAAAUGGGUGACAGCUGUGGCUGAAAACGACAAGAGGAUGAGUGCAGAGAAGUUGGCCGAACGAACAGCUCGUGAACGCCAGCUAGCCGAGCGUGGAGUCUCUGUCGAGGAUGCCCAGCCAGUUAUCAAAGAUACAUGGCGCCCCGUUCACAUCCCUGGCGAUGGCACCAGGCGUGCCGUAAGCUCCAGUGAAGUUCAGUCGAAUAUCACGGACGAUUCUAUUGCAGGUAGCCAACCCGCAGUUCUUGGAAAUGGGCCCGGCAGUUCUGUCCUGCCUCCUAAUGGCCCGACCACAACACCUCAGUCGCGGCCUUCUCGGUUCUUCCCUGCUCGAGAUGUUCGCACUGAGACAGGCAUGGUUGAGCCUAUUCGACCAUCUUCACCAUCUCCUCCCCCGCCAACUAUGGAAGGCCACCCGGUAUAUGAGGGAGAUAUUUCACGUCCACAUGUGUCAUUACCGAAGCCGCAGCCAGUAGUCAAGCUACCUCCUUCCAUGGUUGCUGCUCAGGCACUACAAGCUAAGGCGAGCAACCCGUGGGCCAACCGGGCUACAGGAAGAGAGAUAUCACGCGCCCCCAUCCCUCACACUUACUCUGCACGACGUGUUUCCGAGACGUCGCAGGGAAAUUGGCAGGAUAAAAUCAAUACUCUUCUCAAUGGUGGAAAAGCGUCUCCGCCGAAACAUAUGGGAAUAGAUCCUGCUAGUCGGAGUGCAUUGGAUCAUACCACCAACCAGCACUCUACAACCGUAUCUCUGCCUGUUGUAACAGUGCAACACCCUGCAACCGUAUCCAUGCCUAUUGCGAUAGAACAACACUCAGCGGACGGCUCUUUGACGCUGACUUCCAAGCCUAUAUCGGAGGAAUGCUUUGAAGAACAGGAAAUGGGCUCUCUGCCACGGAUUAGGCUUCCGCACAAGGCACCAGAAGCAGCAUGGCAGCCCGCGGCAGUAAUAAAGCCAAUGCCCAAGAGGUUCUUCGUACAACCAUCUUUCGUGGAACCAUACUAUUUCGCAGCAGAGGUUGUUGGCGGCGCAAAUGCCGUGAGAAUUCACUUUCCAGGGAUGAGUGAGCCUAGGGUGGCCACCAUCCCACUUUCUGCGGCGAGAGGCGGGCGAGGGACUCAUAGGCCAUCGUCACGACACCGUGGUGGUGGUCAUGGACCUCGAGAAGGCGGAAGAGGUGGUGGUAGUGGCAAUGGCAGCAGCAAAAGGGAGUUUUCUAACAGCUACGGAGAUGCUGCCAGUCAAAGCAGCACUGGCCGUGGCAGCCGGGGCGGAUAUCGUGGUCGCGGAUCUGAUAGAUCUGAUAACUGGAGUCGGUUUUCGCAGCCCCGUGAGUCAGGUUCAUCUGCUUAG